CUUAACGUCAUGUUAGGAGGUGGUCUUAUCAGUGCAUUUUUAAGGUUGUCCGUGUCCAGCGUCGCAGCGAGGACCCAUUUAUCAAGAAAUAUAACUACGCUAGCAAACCCGCUGUUCAUCAAAGCUACGCCUUGUUUGUUAGGGGUGUUCUAAGUCUACUCAAGUGUCAGAGCUUUUUACUGUAAAGUACUACAGUCAGAUAACAGCAAUGGAGACAAAAGCCGACGAUGAAAAACCAAAAUCUUAUGCAGGCAUACCUGAAGCAUCUUUCGUUGAUGAUGUUAGUGCCUAUAUGGCGCUGGAAGAAAACAGUGGUAAUGUAGAUAAAGUUCUACAUAAACUGGAAGAACAACACAGCAAAUACAAGCUGAUGGAAUGCAAUCUUUUAACAAAGAAGCGUCGCCUCAAGGCACAAAUUCCAGAUCUGGAGAAUUCCCUCCAGAUGAUAAAGUUAUUGGAACGCCAACAGGAAGCAGAUUCAGAAACUAUAACACAAUUCCUUUUGGGAGAACAAGUUUAUGUCAAAGCAAGAGUUCCACCCACAAAGCAAGUAUCAUUGUGGUUGGGAGCUAAUGUGAUGUUAGAGUAUCCCCUGGAAGAGGCACGCCAGUUAUUGAGCAAGAAUCUCGAGGCAGCACGCUCAAACCUAAAUUGUGUUAAUCAUGAUCUAGACUUCUUGCGUGACCAGUUUACCACAACAGAAGUCAACAUGGCCCGUGUUUAUAAUUGGGAUGUGAAGCGACGGCAGGCAGCUAAAGGAGUCAGUGCAUAAUUUUAAUGAAUAGAGAUUGAAGCAUUUACUUUUUGCAUAUUGGUAACAGCUCUCCGCUUGUAACAUAUAUUAAAAAAAUUCUAAUACUGUACAGAUUCUUAAAGUUGGUUACAAUUGUGUUUUGUCUUAUUGUAGAGUUAUCUGCCCAAAUUUGCAUUUCAAAAUAGUCAAUGUUUCGUUAUCAAGCUGUCCACAUUAUUGAAAUCAGUGUUACACUGUACACCCCAGACAUUUGACCCUCAAAUAAAGUCUUUAAGUGAAGUGUGAGAACUUCCUCAGUAUUAUAAAAAUGUUUUAAAGUUUUUAAAAUAUAAAACUGCUGCUUAUUCUUGUCAUCUGCUACAGAUAGUAUGAGAAGUCUGUAACGUUUACCUUUGAAAGUUAAUGUUUUGCCAUUUAAUUUUAUUAAAUAGUCUGAUAGACUUAGUUUCUUGUUUUUUAUCUUGAAACCAUUGCGUGCAUCUUUCUUGUGAUAUUUUGCGUAGAAAAUAUGUCGUGGAUUUCUUCUCUCCACUAAAUUAUUUCAUUUAUUGGUAACCACAAUAAAAAUAUAUUUAUAGGUACUUUACUGUGAUGUCUUUUAUUCUGUUAUUGUUUACAAUAUUUCUUUUAAUAGAACGUAAUUUAUUAAUGACUGGAAUGUUUUAGUAUUCUUUCCAUUAUAUGCUUUUGUCAGUGCCAGUGCAUAUUUGGUUUCAGCCUAAAUUGCUUGGCUGUUUUAAAAGAUGGCUAAAAUUUUUAACUGCAUAGAGAAACACCACCAAAUGAAUUUUACUACGUCUCGUACUGUGUUUGAAAUUUUGUCUUCAGUUUUGUUCAAAGUUUUCAUCUCAUUCCACAACCACCCCCGCCUUGUAAUAUUGAGAGCAGAUUUAGAUAUUUUCACAUGUUCCUAUUUGUGGUGUACUAAUUAGAGAAGCAUAUCCCUGCUCUUAUGCUCACAUAUCUUUUCUAGUCCCUUUCUGUUGCCACACUCCCUUUCACAUUUCAGUAAUUUAGAUUCUCUCACUGCAGUGAAACUGUUGUAUUUUGCUGUACGUAAUGUCUGGCACCUUCUAACAUGUUGAAUGUGCGUGUUAAUUAAAUGUUUCCUGUAUUUUUCAUAUUAGUGAAUUUUGAAAGCUGCCAGCCUAAAGAUAAAAUUGAUAUAAAUAAAAUCGGAAUUUACAGAAUGUA